AUGAAAAACAUGCUAUUUAUCAUCAUAACUGUGCUUUUAAGUGUAAUGACUUGUUCGUCUUCACUUUUUGAUGGUGAUUCGUGUUACUCGUUUGGAAGUGGUAAUGUUUUUCCGGGUGGAGCGCGAAAAAUCGAUCAUAAAUUACAAUUUACAAAAGCUAUGAUUUCAAAACCGGCACCGGAGUGGGAGGCUACUGCUGUAGUUAAUGGAGAGUUCACUCAACUUUCGUUAUCAAGUUUCAAAGGAAAGUACCUUGUAUUUUUCUUCUAUCCUCUGGAUUUUACAUUCGUAUGCCCUACGGAAAUUUUGGCCUUCUCUGAAAGAAUUGAAGAAUUCAGGAAAAUAAACACAGAAGUUGUAGCAUGCUCUGUUGAUUCACAUUUCACUCAUCUAGCUUGGAUAAAUACUCCACGUAAAGAGGGAGGCUUAGGAAAGAUUAACAUACCCCUACUAAGUGACUUAACACAUUCUAUUGCAAAAGACUACGGGGUUUAUUUGGAGGAUCUGGGCCAUACUUUAAGAGGAUUGUUUAUAAUUGAUGACAAAGGAAUUCUACGACAAAUAACAAUGAAUGAUUUGCCAGUAGGACGUUCAGUUGAUGAAACAUUGAGACUUGUUCAAGCAUUCCAAUACACUGAUAAUCAUGGUGAAGUUUGCCCAGCAGGCUGGAAACCUGGUCAGGACACAAUUAUACCAAAUCCUUCUGAGAAGAAGAAAUAUUUUGAAAAGGUUGCUAAAAAUUAA